AUGAAUUUUGAGAGCAGCGGUGGGCUUGGAUAUCAAAAUGGCUACAACACGCUGCAAUAUUUCCCGAGUCCAGGCGGAUAUAUCGCACCACCGCCUCAUCCGCAGGAUUACGGAUUGAGAGUACCAGCGCAAUUUGAUAAAGUGAAUAGGCAGUUCAGGCAGCCAAUAUAUCCUCAUGAUUCGCUAGACGAGAGUCUUGCGAUACUCAGCACUCACGGUCCUUAUUAUCAUAGGGAUUCCACUCCUCAACAAUCUUAUCAGCCUCAGCAAUCUCACUAUCGGGCACAACCACAACCACAACUACAACCACAACUACAACCACAACCACAACUCCAACCACAACUCCAACCACAGCAGCCUUCACAAUCAGCUGCACCAUCCGUUCGGUUUCAACAGCCCUCCGCCAAGCCAGCAAAGCCCCCAUCGAAAGCAAAUCCAAAGCGCAGACGCAAACCGACGUGUGAACAGAGGUCUUAUGGACCUGGCAAGAGGUUGAAAUACCAGUACUCAGAGUGCACAGGCACCAGGAAGGCUGUGUGUAUAGGCAUCAACUACGUAGGGACUGAUAAUGAGCUGGGCGGAUGUCAGAACGAUGCUGACAAGGUUAGGAAGUUCUUGAUCAAACGUUGCGGUUAUAAGCCACAGAACAUCAUGCUACUCAAGGACUCUAAUGACACAGAUACUAGUAUGCAGCCCACAAAGAAAAACAUGCUUGCGGCUAUGCGCUGGCUUGUUGACGGUGCUAAACUCAACGAUGCACUUUUCUUCCAUUAUAGUGGACACGGCGGACGUACAAAAGAUUUAGAUGGUGAUGAGGAUGAUGGCUUUGACGAAACAGUGUACCCAGUAGAUUUCCAGAAAGUUAAGGGACACUUAGUUGACGAUACCAUGUACGACGAACUUGUGGCACCAUUGCCGGCGGUACAGCACUCGACCUGCCUUUUACUUGUCAGUCUAUUCGAGGAAAUGAAGCGUUUUAACGACGGUACAGAUGAUAGUAAUGGUGAUGUCAAGCAGCCUAAUAUCCUCAAAGAAGCUAGCAAAGAGCUUUUCUCUCACAGACUGCCGAACGGAAUGAUAUCGCCGUUGCACGAUGCGUAUUAUUUCUCAAAGAAGCUCUUCACGGGUAAAACAGAAGAUAAGAAACAGAAAAAGAAGGCGUUCAGUCCAGCAGAUGUUAUUAUGUUUGCUGCUGCAAAGGAUACGCAGACGGCUGCAGACGCAGGACAGAGUGGAGCUAUGAGCUAUGCGUUUCUUUCAACACUAUAUAAAAACAGGGAUGAGGAUAUGUCAUUCAUCGAUCUUUUGAAUGCGGUGCGCGAUAAGAUGAAAGGACAGUAUACCCAAAGACCGCAAUUAAGCAGCAGCCAUGAGAUAGAUAUGGAUUUAGAUUUUGUUUGUUGA